CACAGUUUGUGGUCGCGUUUUUUUUUAAAGCUUGUUGUGGCGCGCUGUUGUUGUUGUUGUGCUCGUUGUUGUUCCAUCUCGUCUCGUGACACUCGGCAUAAAUAUUUAUGUUGACGCAUUUACCUGCGGCGCUGCAGCGUCGCUAAUGAAGCGCACGAAAAUGAAUGUGAAAGGACAUAAUUAUGCUUAUGUUUUACGUGUUAAGUGCUUGGCAAGCACGAUUAAGGCGCUUUAUCACCCGCAACAACGGCAGCAACACGAACUGAAACAAAAUCAACAGCAACAGCUGCGACGCCAGCAGCAGCAGCAACAAAGGCGCUUACGGCAGGCCUUGUCGCAGCAGCAGCAACAGCAGCAGCAGCAGCAACAACUGUUUUAAGCACUCGCACAUACACUGGCACGCCCACUGGGCGUUAAGUAACAAGCAGCAAGCAACAG